AUGGCUGGAGUUCUUGUUGGGGGAGCUUUUCUCUCUGGCUUCAUUAAUGUUGUCCUCGACAGGUUCAUUUCGGGAGAGACUUACAACUUGGUGGUGGGGAAGAAGCUUGGCCCUGAGUUGGUGAGAAGGCUGAGGACUGCUCUCUUGGCUGCCGAAGCUCUGGUUGCUGACGCUGAGCAGAAGCAGUUUGGUAACCAAUCUGUGAGGAAGUGGCUGGAUGAUCUUAGGGAUGCUAUCUACAAGGCUGAUGACUUGCUGGACCGUUUCUGCAUCAAAGCUGCAACCCAGAAACAGGUACCAACUUUCUUGCCGAGCUUCCUCAAUUUUGAAAAUAGGCAGAUUGUCAAUGAGAUAGAAGAGGUGGUUAGAACAAUAGAAGAUCUUGAGAGAUGCAAAGAAAGCCUUGGCCUGGAAAAAAUUUCCACCAGUAGCUCUUCAUGGAGGGCUCCUUCCACUUCUCUUGUAAGAGGGAAUAUGUAUGGCAGGGAGGAUGACCAACUAGCCUUGAUCAAGAUGCUGAAUGACAACACUGAGCAUCACUUGUCUGUGAUCUCUAUUGUUGGCAUAGGUGGGGUCGGUAAAACAACUUUAGCUCAAUGGGUGUACAACAACGGGGAUUUAAUGAAGCAAUUCGUUCUGAAAGCAUGGGUUUGCAUCUCGGAGAACUUUGAUAUCGUUGAGACUACAAGGAAUGUCAUAAAGGGGAUCCUUGGAGGUGCUUGCAGUCUUGACGAUUUCAAUUCACUUCAACAUGCUUUAAAAGAAAAAUUAUCAAACAAGAAGUUCUUUAUUGUUCUUGAUGAUGUUUGGAGUGAUGAUGGUGACAAAUGGAGUUAUUUUAUGACCCCUUUCCAAUACGAGAAGAAGGGAAGUGUUGUUCUUCUGACUACUCGUGGGAAAAAUGUUGCUCUAGCAGUUCAGAACUGUCGCCCUUAUUUUCUGAAAGGGUUGUCGGAAGACUAUUGUUGGUCAGUGUUUGCUAACAAUGCAUCUUUUCCAGAAUCAAAUGGGAGAGCAACACUUGAAGAAAUAGGCAGAAAGAUUGUCAAGAAGUGUGAUGGCUUGCCAUUAGCUGCAGAAACACUUGGUCGCUUGUUACGUACAAAGCAUGAUGUUCAGGAAUGGAACAAGAUAUUAAUGAGUGAUAUUUGGGAACUUUCUGUGGAGAAGAGUAAGAUUAUCCCAGCAUUAUUAAUAAGUUACUUUCAUCUCCCUGCAUAUUUGAAACGAUGUUUUGUUUAUUGUUCUUUAUAUCCCAAAGAUUAUGAAUUUGAGAAAGAUGAAUUGAUCUUUUUGUGGAUGAUAGAAGAUCUUUUACCACCACCAAAGAGAGGAGAGAGUUUAGAAGAAGUUGGUUGCGAGUGUUUUGAUGAACUAACUUCUAGAUUGUUUUUCACACAUCAGCUUCUAGAUAGGGUUGUAGAUGUUUUUGUGAUGCAUGAUCUCUUGCAUGACUUAGCAAUAUUCCUUGCUGGAAAUUUCUAUUGCAACGCAGAAAAACUUAGUGAAGAGGAGGAGGAGAGGAUUCAGACUCGGCAUUUGCGUGUAGAUUUAUUUCAUUGUGACUCAAAACUUUAUAAUUUGAUUUCUAAAGUAGAAUCUUUGAGGUCAUUAUUGUUUAUAGGAUUUCCCCAUCCCAACUUCGACAUUGAAAAGGCGACAGGUGAGAUAUUAUCAAAGUGUAAAUACUUGAGAUCUUUAUCCUUUCAUAAAGUUGAUGUGGUGCCUAGUUCAAUAGGAACAUUGAUCCAUCUGCGCCACUUGGAUCUCUCAUAUUGUUCUAUUAAGACAUUGCCAGACUCUUUGUGCAACUUGCGUAAUUUGCAAACAUUGAAGUUGUAUGGUUGUUAUGAGCUAACUAUGUUGCCUAGUGGUUUGCAUAAUCUUGUGAGUUUGCGGCAUCUUGAUAUUAGGGGAACUUCUUUGGAAGAAAUGCCCCCAAAAAUGAACAAGUUGAUACACUUGGACAUUUUAAGCGAUUUUCUGGUGGGCAAGCAUGAAAAUAAUGGAAUCCGGGAAUUAGGAGGAAUCUCAAAUCUUCAUGGAUCAUUUGAGCUUAAGAAGUUGGAGAAUGUGGUUGACGCCAAAGAAGCAAAGAGUGCAAGGAUGAUAGACAAGAAGCACAUUGAGUGCAUAUUGAUGGAAUGGUCUUCAGGUGAUGAGAUAGUUUCAAACACGCAAACUGAAAGAGAGAUAUUGGACAGCUUGCAACCUCACAAUGGGUUGAAAGAAUUGACAAUCAAGGGAUACAGGGGUACAAUAUUUCCAGAUUGGGUUGGGCAUUCCUCCUACCAAAACAUGACAAAUGUAUCUCUAGAGUCUUGCAAGAAUUGCUGCAUGCUGCCUGCACUUGGACAGCUGCCAUCUCUUAAGGCCCUAAGCAUUGAAGGUUUCGAUCAGCUCAAGAGCAUCGGCAUGGAGUUUUACAAGAAUGAAGGCGGUCAACAUUCUUCGCAUAUUGCACUAUUUCCCUCACUGGAGAGAUUGGUAUUUCGGCAUAUGCCAUGUUGGCAAGUGUGGCAGUUACCUGAAUCAGAAACUUUUCCUCAGCUCAGGGUGCUUGAAAUAGUAAAUUGUCCAAUGUUAGAGAGAAAUUCUUAG